GCUCUUACACGUUGAUGCCACUACCAGCAUGCAAUAUCGGACCCUUUUAGAAGCAGAAAUGUUAGCAUUCCAUAUCAAUGCCAGCUACCCCCGGAUAUGGAACAUGCCACAGACAUGGCAGUGUGAAUUAGAGGUUUAUAAAGCCACCUACCACUUCAUCUUUGCACAGAAGAACUUCUUUACAGAUUUAAUUCAAGACUGGUCUAGUGAUAGUGCUCCAGACAUUUUUUCAUUCGUUCCAUAUACAUGGAAUUUUAAAAUCAUGUUUCAUCAAUUUGAAAUGAUAUGGGCUGCUAAUCAACAUAAUUGGAUUGACUGUUCCACUAAACAACAGGAAAAUGUAUAUCUGGCUGCCUGUGGGGAGACAUUAAACAUUGAUUUUUCUUUGCCUUUUACGGACUUUGUUCCAGCUACAUGUAAUACCAGGUUUUCUUUAAGAGGAGAAGAUGUUGAUCUUCAUUUGUUUCUACCAGAUUGCCACCCUAGUAAAUAUUCCUUAUUUAUGCUGGUAAAGAAUUGCCACCCAAAUAAGAUGAUUCAUGAUGCUGGUAUUCCUGCUGAGUGUCAAAGUGGCCAGAAAACAGUUAAACCAAAAUGGCGCAACAUUACCCAGGAAAAGGCUGGUUGGGUUGAAUGCUGGACUGUCCCGAGUGUCAUGCUUACAAUUGAUUAUACAUGGCAUCCAAUUUAUCCACAAAAAGCAGAUGAACAGCUGAAACAGUCAUUGUCAGAAAUGGAAGAAACAAUGCUAUCUGUAUUAAGGCCAACACAGAAAACAUCAGACAGAGUUGUUUCUUCUCCCUCUACUUCUUCACGCCCACCUAUUGAUCCUUCAGAACUUCCACCAGAUAAACUUCAUGUAGAAAUGGAACUUUCCCCAGAUUCUCAGAUAACUCUCUAUGGACCUCUAUUGAAUGCCUUUUUGUGUAUAAAGGAAAACUACUUUGGAGAAGAUGACAUGUAUAUGGAUUUUGAAGAGGUUAUUUCAAGUCCUGUUCUGUCAUUGUCAACAUCAUCCAGCUCUGGGUGGACUGCUGUUGGAAUGGAAAAUGACAAAAAGGAAAAUGAAAGUUCAGCCAAGUCAAUUCAUCCACUUACCUUGCGUCCUUGGGAUAUUACUGUACUUGUUAAUUUGUACAAAGUUCAUGGGCGUCUUCCUGUUCAUGGAACUACUGAUGGUCCUGAAUGCCCUACAGCUUUCUUGGAAAGACUAUGUUUUGAAAUGAAAAAAGGAUUUAGGGAGACCAUGCUACAACUUAUCCUGUCACCGCUGAAUGUGUUUGUCAGUGAUAACUAUCAGCAGCGACCCCCUGUGGAUGAAGUUCUCAGGGAAGGUCACAUCAAUUUGUCAGGUCUCCAGCUGAGAGCACAUGCUAUGUUCUCAGCAGAAGGUCUUCCUUUAGGAAGCGAUUCCUUAGAAUAUGCAUGGCUAAUUGAUGUGCAGGCUGGAAGCCUUACAGCUAAGGUCACAACACCACAGCUGGCAUGCCUCUUGGAGUGGGGACAGACAUUUGUUUUUCAUGUGGUAUGUCGGGAGUAUGAACUGGAAAGACCAAAGUCAGUAAUAAUAUGUCAGCAUGGAAUUGAUCGUCGGUUCUGUGAAUCCAAGUUGAGUUGUAUUCCUGGGCCUUGUCCAACUUCAGAUGAUCUGAAAUAUACAAUGACUCGUUUAGCAGUAGAUGGAGCUGAUAUUUAUAUUGUGGAGCAUGGUUGUGCUACAAAUAUCAAGAUGGGCGCAAUUCGGGUUGCAAACUGUAAUCUCCAUAAUCAAUCGGUUGGGGAAGGAAUCAGUGCUGCAAUUCAGGAUUUUCAAGUGAGACAGUACAUUGAGCAAUUAAAUAAUUGCAGAGUUGGACUUCAGCCGGCAGUGCUGCGAAGGGCCUAUUGGCUUGAAGCUGGGUCAGCCAAUUUAGGACUCAUUACCGUUGAUAUCGCAUUAGCUGCUGAUCAUCAUUCUAAACAUGAGUCACAAAGACAUUUCUUAGAAACUCAUGAUGCCAGAACUAAGAGGUUGUGGUUUUUGUGGCCAGAUGAUACUCUGAAGAAUAAGAGGUGUAGAAACAAGUGUGGUUGUCUUGGUGGUUGCAAAUUCUUUGGUGGCACAGUAACUGGCCUAGAUUUCUUCAAACUUGAGGAGUUGACGCCUUCCAGUAGCUCUGCAUUUUCAAACACAAGUGCAGAGUCUGAUAUGUAUUAUGGACAGUCUCUGCUACAGCCUGGAGAAUGGAUUAUUACUAAAGAAAUUCCCAAAAUUAUAGAUGGUAAUGUGAAUGGCAUGAAGAGGAAAGAAUGGGAAAACAAACCAGUGGGAAUAGAAGUAGAGAGAAAAACUCAACACCUUAGUCUUCAAGUACCAUUACGAUCUCAUAGCUCAUCCUCUUCCUCAGAAGAGAAUAGUAGUUCUAGUGCUGCACAACCUUUAUUGGCUGGUGAAAAGGAAAGUCCCUCUUCUGUUGCUGAUGACCAUUUGGUUCAAAAAGAGUUCUUGCAUGGUACAAAAAGAGAUGAUUGUCAAGUAAGUGUUCCCACAGAAAUUGCAGGAAACAGCCCUGUGUCUCCUAAUACUCAGGAUAAGUCAGUAGGUCAAUCUCCUCUUAGAUCUCCUUUGAAACGACAAGCCUCUGUCUGUUCUACCCGACUUGGAAGUACUAAGAGUCUUACUGCUGCUUUCUAUGGGGACAAGCAACCUGUUACAGUUGGAGUCCAGUUUAGUAGUGAUGUCUCUCGAAGUGAUGAGAAUGUACUAGACUCACCAAAGCAGAGAAGAAGUUUUGGUUCAUUCCCAUAUACGCCAUCAGCAGACUCUAAUUCGUUUCAUCAGUAUCGAUCAAUGGAUUCCAGCAUGUCAAUGGCUGAUAGUGAAGCCUACUUCUCUGCAGCUGAGGAAUUUGAGCCCAUUAGCAGUGAUGAAGGCCCUGGAACUUAUCCAGGUAGAAAAAAGAAGAAAAAGCAAAUGCAGCAGAUUGAUUACAGUAGGGGUUCCAUAUAUCACAGUGUAGAAGGACCACUUAUUGGCCACGGAGAAAGCAUUCAGGAUUCCCGAACUCUGCCAUUCAAAACUCAUCCUUCCCAGGCUUCGUUUGUUUCUGCAUUAGGUGGAGAAGAUGAUGUUAUAGAACAUUUAUAUAUUGUGGAAGGUGAGAAAACAGUAGAGAGUGAACAGAUUACUUCUCAACAACCUGUGAUGAAUUGUUAUCAGACUUACCUUACUCAGUUCCAGGUAAUUAAUUGGUCAGUUAAGCAUCCAACCAACAAAAGAACCUCUAAGUCCUCAUUGCAUCGCCCCCUUGAUCUGGAUACACCAACCAGUGAAGAAAGUUCAUCGUCAUUUGAACAGCUUUCUGUUCCAACUUUUAAGGUUAUCAAGCAGGGACUUACAGCUAAUUCUUUGCUAGACAGAGGCAUGCAACUUUCAGGAUCAACUUCAAAUACACCGUAUACUCCACUGGAUAAGAAAGUCAUUGAUAACACAGAUGAUGAAACAUUAACAGAGGAGUGGACCCUGGAUCAACCAGUCUCCCAGACCAGGACAACAGCCAUAGUUGAAGUAAAAGGAAACGUUGAUAUUGUUCUGACUCCCCUGGUUGCUGAAGCUUUAGACAGAUACAUUGAAGCAAUGGUUCAUUGUGCCAGUACCCGACAUCCAGCUGCAAUCGUAGAUGAUCUUCAUGCCAAAGUCCUUAGGGAAGCUGUCCAAAAUAGCAAGACCACCUUUUCAGAAAAUUUAUCUUCCAAACAAGAUGUUCGAGGAACAAAAACCGAGCACCCUAUGAUAGGAACAACUAACCAAGGACAAGCACAGACAAAUCUUACAAUGAAGCAAGAUAAUGUAACAAUUAAAGGUCUUCAGACUAAUGUUAGCAUACCAAAGGUAACAAUUUAAUAUUUUAAAAAUUUUUUCCUGAAAGAGGAGAGCAUUUUGGUGGUCUUUUAUCCUUUGCAUCUACCAAAGUGAAUGGUGAGAGAACAGUGUCUUUUUAACUUUAUAUUUUUAGAGCAUCUUAUAAUCUUUCAGAAACGAAUACAUACUACCUUUGAGCAAUUAUUUGGUAAUUAUGGAUUCUUCUUUUCUCCGUCUCAGGCAACAUUAUUCUAAAAGUUGGUUCAUUUGUUUAUUUUUCUUUUUGAUAGUACUAAGAUAUCUUUUUAAGACAACCAGUGUGCCAAAUGUUUAAAUUGUUUUUUUAAAAAUAUAAACUUCUGUCUUUAAAAAUGGUCAUUUUGCUUUCUUUUGAUAAUAGACAUUGGGACCUGUGCCAUCACUGCUAUUCCUUUUGAGAAGUCCAAAGUUUUAUUUACUCUAGAGGAGUUGGAUGAAUUUACUUUUGUGGAUGAAACUGAUCAGCAAGCUGUUCCAGAUGUAACUCGAAUAGGUCCUAGCCAAGAAAAAUGGGGUUGGAUAAUGUUUGAAUGUGGACUUGAAAAUUUAACCAUAAAAGGAGGAAGACAGUCUGGUGCUAUUUUAUAUAAUAGUUUUGGAAUUAUGGGUAAAGCUAAUGUCACAGAAAGGGGUGGAGUCCUGACAUCCAAUAAUUCUUCUGAUUCUCCGACUGGCAGUGGCUAUAAUACUGAUGUCUCUGAUGACAAUCUUCCAUGUGACCGGACAAGCCCUUCUUCAGACUUAAAUGGAAAUUCAGUUUCAGAUGAACAAGAUGAAGGAGUUGAAUCUGAUGAUUUGAAAAAAGAUCUACCUCUAAUGCCUCCACCUCCAGAUUCAUGUAGCAUGAAAUUGACCAUUAAGGAAAUUUGGUUUAGUUUUGCAGCUCCCACCAAUGUUAGAUCUGCUACGCAUGCAUUUUCUAGGCAGCUGAACCUGUUAAGUACUGCAACUCCAGCUGUUGGUGCCUGGCUUGUUCCCAUUGAUCAACUCAAGUCAUCCUUAAACAAGUUAGAAACCGAAGGAACCUUGAGAAUUUGUGCUGUUAUGGGAUGCAUAAUGACAGAAGCAUUAGAGAAUAAAAGUGUGCAUUUUCCCCUAAGAAGUAAAUACAACAGACUUACAAAAGUUGCCCGCUUUCUCCAAGAAAAUCCUUCAUGUUUGCUGUGUAAUAUACUGCACCACUACCUGCACCAGGCAAAUUACUCUGUCAUUGAUGAUGCUACAAUGAGUGAUGGACUUCCUGCUUUGGUAACGUUAAAGAAAGGUUUAGUUGCACUGGCAAGGCAGUGGAUGAAGUUCAUUGUGGUGACACCAGCCUUCAAAGGAGUUAGCUUACAUAGACCAGCUCAGCCCCUGAAACCUCAAGUAGCUAUGGACCACGAACAUGAAGACGGACUGGGGCUGGACAAUGGGGGUGGUCUUCAAAGUGAUACCAGUGCUGAUGGAGCAGAAUUUGAAUUUGAUGCCGCCACUGUCAGCGAACACACAAUGCUACUAGAAGGAACAGCUAACCGGCCCCCACCUGGUAGCUCUGGACCUGUAACUGGAGCUGAGAUAAUGAGGAAACUUUCUAAAACACAUACCCAUAGUGACUCUGCAUUAAAAAUAAAGGGCAUUCACCCAUAUCAUUCUCUGAGCUAUACCAGUGGAGACACUGCCACAGAUUCUCCAGUGCACGUUGGACGUACUGGGAUGCCAGUAAAGGAAAGUCCAAGGAAGGAGAGCCUACUCAGCUAUCUGACUGGAAGCUUCCCAAGCUUGCACAACCUCCUGGAAGGGACCCCUCAGAGAAGUAGUGCAGCUGUGAAAAGUAGUUCUCUCACAAGAACAGGAAAUACAGUAGCCACUGAUAUGCUAUCUGAACAUCCCUUGCUAUCUGAACCAUCAUCUGUGAGUUUCUAUAAUUGGAUGUCAAAUGCUGUGGGUAAUCGAGGAAGUGUUGUACAAGAAUCUCCUAUUACAAAAUCAGGACACAAUAGUCUUCCAACAGGUGUUGCACCCAAUCUUCCUACAAUACCUUCAGCCUCAGAUUUCAACACUGUCUUGUCUAGUGACCAGAAUACUUUGGAUGGGACACAUUCUCAGCAUAGCACUAGUCAGGAUGAUGUGGCAGGUGUAGAAGAAGCAAACCAAGGGUUUCCUGCUGUUCAGCUUGCUGAUGCACAGGUUGUUUUCAAACCUCUUCUGAGUCAUACAGGGAUCCAGUCACAGGAUACAAUGCCACUCUGCUACCGAAUGUACUUCGGAGAACACCUUUCAUUUUCAGGGACUUUGGACUGCCUCAGAGCAGAUAUUGUGGACUCAGACACAGCCAAAGAAAGAAAAGGCAAAAGAGCAAGAAGGCAAGGCCAUGUGAAUCUUCCUCCACUUGAGUUCAAACCAGCAUUAAUGUUGGAAACCUUUAGCAUCAGUGCUGUUGUAAUGGAAAAGUCAGUGUGCACCCCUCAGAACUCUACCAGUGCCCUUUCUUUUCAUGAUCUCAACAAGCGUUAUUACAAUACCUUUCACUGCAACUUUACUAUUUCCUGUCAGUCAAUAAGCCAACAUGUAGAUAUGGCUUUGGUUCGUCUUAUUCAUCAGUUUAGUACAAUGAUAGAUGACAUCAAAGCCACUCAGACUGACAUUAAACUCAGCAGAUAUACAGCUGGAUCUGCUUCCCCAACACCUACCUUCAAAACUAGAAAACAUCGGGAUUUUCGUUCAUCUGACUUCAGCCGCAGUUCCAGAGGAAGUCUUAAUGGUGGCAAUAGAGUAAAUAAUGCAAAGAACAAACGGACCAACAAUGAGAAUAACAAAAAGGAAUCUCGAAACAAAAAUUCAUUAGGAAGAUCUGAAAGAAGAACUUCAAAAGUGUCUAGGAAAGGUUCCAAAGAUGUGGUGGAUCACAUGACUAUUCAUAUGGAUGACUCGGAUUCAAUUACAGUAUCAGAACAAAGUGAGCCUUCAGCUGAGUGCUGGCAGAAUAUGUAUAAAUUGUUGAACUUUUAUUCACUUAUUUCUGAUCCAACGGGAAUACUGGAAAAAUCUUCAGAAACAUUUGGACCAACAGGAGUUCGGAGCCCUACAGAGCCAACAUGUAAAGUUGUGUUUGAGAAUGAACAAGACAGCAACAGUUUGACUAAGACGCAGAGGAAGCGUAGCUUGGUAACUUCUGAACCUCAGCAUGUUACUCUAAUAGUGUUUGGGAUUGGCAUGGUGAACCGCACACACUUAGAGGCAGAUAUUGGUGGACUAACAAUGGAAUCAGAACUGAAGAGGAUCCAUGGCAGUUUUACUCUUAAGGAAAAAAUGAAAGAUGUUUUACAUCAAAAGAUGACUGAGACAUGUGCCACUGCUCAUAUUGGUGGGGUUAAUAUUGUGCUGCUUGAGGGGAUUACACCAAAUAUACAACUGGAGGAUUUUCCUACAUCUCCUACAAGUACAGCCAAACAAGAGUUUCUAACUGUAGUGAAAUGUAGUAUUGCCAAAUCCCAAGCCCUCUAUAGUGCCCAGAGAGGGUUGAAGACAAACAAUGCUGCUGUGUUCAAAGUAGGAGCUAUCAGCAUCAACAUUCCUCAGCACCCUGCUACCUUACACAGUAUGAUGGUUCGAAGUUCUCACCAACUGUCUAAACAAAUCUCAGACCUCAUCAGACAGCCUUCUACAGCCCCUCAGCCUGUAAAAGAAGAUAUCGCAACGCCACUACCUUCUGAAAAAACCCCAACAAGCGUUAAUCAAACUCCUGUUGAAACAAAUGAAUUUCCUCAGCUGCCAGAAGGCUUAGAAAAAAAGCCUAUCGUUCUUAAAUUCAGUGCCAUGUUAGAUGGUAUAGCCAUUGGAGCAGCACUUUUACCAUCUCUGAAAGCAGAAUACAAGAUGGGAAGAAUGAGAAGUCAUGGAAUGACAGGUGCACAGACAAGAUUUACAUUUGAGCUGCCAAAUCACAGACUGCGUUUUACUUCAAAAGUUUCUGCCACAGAUAUGUCAACCAUUCCUCCUUCUGCCAGUCUUAACCUUCCUCCUGUUACUAUGUCAGGGAAAUAUAUAAUGGAAGAACAUGAUAGUUAUUCAGAUCAAGUGUGGAGUAUAGAUGAACUGCCUUCUAAACAAGGUUACUAUUUACAGGGAAAUUAUCUCCGUUGUGUGGCGGAAGUUGGUUCCUUUGAACAUAAUCUCACGACUGAUCUUCUGAACCACUUGGUAUUUGUACAGAAAGUGUUCAUGAAGGAAGUCAAUGAAGUAAUACAAAAAGUUUCUGGUGGGGAGCAGCCUAUUCCUCUCUGGAAUGAACAUGAUGGAACAGCAGAUGGAGAUAAGCCUAAAAUUCUCCUCUAUUCCCUGAACUUGCAAUUUAAGGGUAUUCAAGUAACGGCCACUACUCCAUCAAUGAGAGCUGUGAGAUUUGAAACUGGAUUGAUUGAACUGGAACUUUCUAACCGACUUCAAACCAAAGCUUCACCAGGAAGUAGUAGCUAUCUGAAACUAUUUGGUAAAUGCCAAGUGGAUUUAAAUCUGGCUUUAGGACAAAUUGUCAAACAUCAAGUUUAUGAGGAAGCUGGUUCUGAUUUUCAUCAAGUUGCCUAUUUUAAAACCAGAAUAGGAUUAAGAAAUGCCCUCCGGGAAGAAAUCAGUGGUUCUUCAGAUAGGGAAGCCGUGCUUAUUACUUUGAAUAGACCAAUUGUUUAUGCACAGCCUGUGGCCUUUGAUAGAGCUGUGCUGUUUUGGCUGAAUUAUAAGGCUGCCUAUGACAAUUGGAAUGAACAACGAAUGGCUUUACAUAAGGAUAUUCAUAUGGCUACAAAGGAAGUAGUAGAUAUGCUACCUGGCAUCCAGCAAACAUCAGCCCAGGCCUUUGGGACUCUUUUCCUCCAGCUCACUGUCAAUGAUCUGGGAAUUUGCCUACCUAUCACAAAUACUGCACAGUCUAAUCACACUGGAGACCUGGACACUGGUUCUGCUUUAGUAUUGACCAUUGAAAGUACUCUCAUCACUGCUUGCUCUUCAGAAUCUCUGGUUAGCAAAGGGCAUUUCAAAAAUUUUUGUAUCCGGUUUGCUGAUGGCUUUGAGACAUCAUGGGAUGACUGGAAACCAGAAAUUCGUGGGGAUUUAGUGAUGAAUGCCUGUGUAGUUCCAGAUGGCACCUAUGAGGUAUGUUCACGGACUACAGGACAAGCAGCAGCUGAAAGUAGUAGUGCUGGAACCUGGACACUCAAUGUAUUGUGGAAAAUGUGUGGGAUUGACGUCCACAUGGAUCCUAACAUUGGCAAAAGGCUCAAUGCUCUGGGCAAUACCCUCACAACACUAACAGGAGAGGAGGACAUAGAUGACAUUGCUGACUUAAAUUCAGUGAACAUAGCCGACCUGUCAGAUGAAGAUGAAGUUGAUACUAUGUCUCCCACUAUCCAUACUGAAGCUAUAGAUUAUCGAAGACAAGGAGCAUCUUCUAGCCAGCCAGGAGAACUUAGAGGAAGAAAAAUUAUGAAGCGCAUAGUGGAUAUCAGAGAACUGAAUGAACAGGCCAAAGUGAUAGAUGAUCUUAAAAAAUUAGGUGCAAGUGAAGGAACCAUAAACCAGGAAAUUCAACGUUACCAACAGUUAGAAUCUGUGGCUGUGAAUGACAUUCGUAGAGAUGUUCGUAAAAAAUUACGGAGAUCCAGUAUGCGAGCUGCUUCACUAAAGGAUAAGUGGGGUUUGGGUUACAAACCAAGUUAUAGCCGAUCAAAAACCAUUUCUGCUUCUGGAAGACCACCUCUUAAACGAAUGGAAAGGGCAAGUUCUCGAGUAGGAGAAACUGAAGAGCUCCCAGAAAUCCGUGUGGAUGCAGCAUCUCCUGGACCCAGAGUAACUUUUAAUAUCCAGGAUACAUUUCCAGAGGAGACAGAACUGGACCUUUUGUCAGUAACCGUUGAAGGUCCAUCCCAUUACUCAUAUAGCGAAGGAUCAUGUUCCGUGUUCAGUUCUCCCAAAACUCCAGGAGGCUUUUCACCAGGCAUUCCUUUCCAACCUGAAGAGGGCCGACGGGAUGACAGUUUGUCUUCUUCAAGUGAAGAUUCUGAGAAGGAUGAAAAGGAUGAAGACCAUGAGAGGGAAAGGUUUUAUAUUUACAGGAAACCCUCACAUACCUCUCGUAAAAAAGCAACAGGUUUUGCUGCUGUUCAUCAGCUAUUGACAGAACGCUGGCCAACAACACCAGUCAACCGAAGUGUUAGUGGCACAGCUACAGAGAGAAAUAUUGACUUUGAACUUGAUAUACGGGUUGAAAUUGAUAGUGGAAAAUGCGUACUCCACCCAACCACCCUUCUACAAGAACAUGAUGAUAUAAGUUUGAGAAGGAGUUAUGAUCGGAGUUCCAGGAGCUUGGACCAAGAUUCUCCUUCAAAAAAGAAGAAGUUCCAAACAAAUUAUGCUUCUACCACCCAUUUAAUGACUGGCAAGAAAGUGCCAUCAUCUCUACAGACAAAGCCUAGUGACUUAGAAACAACAGUAUUUUAUAUUCCUGGAGUUGAUGUAAAGUUGCAUUACAAUUCCAAGACGCUAAAGACAGAAUCACCUAAUGCCUCCAGGGGAUCUUCCUUGCCAAGAACACUCUCCAAAGAGUCCAAGCUGUAUGGUAUGAAAGAUAGUGCAACAUCUCCUCCUUCUCCUCCUUUACCUUGCACUGUCCAGAGCAAGACUAACACCUUACUUCCUCCCCAGCCCCCACCUAUUCCCUCAGCCAAAGGAAAAGGAAGCGGAGGAGUAAAAACAGCCAAGUUAUAUGCCUGGGUAGCACUUCAGUCAUUGCCAGAAGAAAUGGUUAUUAGUCCCUGCCUGUUAGACUUUCUGGAAAAGGCUCUGGAAACUAUCCCAAUUACACCAAUUGAAAGGAAUUAUACAGCUGUCAGCUCACAAGAUGAAGAUAUGGGACAUUUUGAAAUACCAGAUCCAUUGGAAGAAUCAACAACAUCACUAGUGUCAUCUUCAACAUCUGCUUACUCUUCCUUCCCUGUAGAUGUUGUGGUUUAUGUACGAGUUCAGCCCUCACAGAUCAAGUUUAGCUGUUUACCAGUAUCAAGAGUAGAAUGCAUGCUAAAGCUGCCAUCCCUGGACUUGGUGUUUUCUUCCAACCGAGGAGAACUGGAGACUUUAGGGAGUACAUAUCCUGCAGAGACUUUGUCUCCUGGAGGCAAUGCUGCUCAGAGUGGAACAAAGACCUCUGCUAGCAAAACUGGAAUACCAGGUUCGUCAGGAUUAGGCAGCCCUCUUGGCAGAAGUCGACACAGUAGUAGUCAGUCAGAUCUGACCAGUUCCAGCAGUAGUUCAUCUGGCUUGAGCUUCACUGCAUGCAUGUCUGACUUUUCCCUUUAUGUAUUUCAUCCAUAUGGAGCAGGAAAACAAAAAACCGCUGUUUCUGGCCUUACAUCUGGAUCAGGAGGAUUAGGGAAUGUGGAUGAGGAACCCACUUCAGUCACUGGUCGAAAAGAUUCACUCAGCAUAAACCUUGAAUUUGUAAAAGUAAGCCUGUCUCGGAUAAGACGUUCAGGAGGUGCCUCAUUUUUUGAAAGUCCAUCUGUAAGCAAGACUGCAAGCAAAAUGGACACUACAUUAAUAAAUAUAUCUGCUGUUUGUGAUAUAGGGUCUGCCUCCUUUAAAUAUGAUAUGCGUCGACUCAGUGAAAUUCUGGCAUUUCCAAGAGCAUGGUAUAGGAGAAGUAUUGCAAGACGUCUGUUCCUCGGAGACCAAACUAUAAAUUUGCCAACAUCUGGUCCAGGGACACCUGAUUCCAUUGAAGGGGUAAGCCAGCAUCUUUCCCCUGAAUCAUCAAGAAAAGCUUACUGCAAGACCUGGGAGCAGCCAAGUCAGUCAGCCUCCUUCACUCACAUGCCUCAGUCACCUAAUGUGUUCAAUGAGCAUAUGACAAACAGCACCAUGUCACCAGGGACAGCAGCACAGAGUCUAAAAUCUCCAGCUUCCAUAAGAUCAAGAAGUGUAUCUGAUUCUUCAGUUCCUCAAAGAGAUUCACUUUCAAAAACAUCAGCACCUUUUAACAAAUCAAACAAAGCAGCAAGCCAACAAGGGACCCCAUGGGAAACACUUGUCGUUUUUGCUAUCAACUUGAAGCAAUUAAACGUUCAAAUGAAUAUGAGUAAUGUAAUGGGCAAUACAACUUGGACAACUAGUGGUUUGAAGAGCCAGGGCCGUCUCUCAGUAGGAAGUAACCGUGAUCGAGAGAUUAGCAUGUCUGUUGGUCUGGGAAGAUCACAAUUAGAUUCAAAAGGAGGAGUAGUUGGAGGGACAAUAGAUGUCAAUGCUUUGGAGAUGGUUGCUCAUAUUUCUGAACAUCCAAAUCAGCAACCCAAUCACAAAAUUCAGAUUACUAUGGGUUCUACUGAAGCUCGUGUUGAUUACAUGGGCUCAAGUAUCCUCAUGGGUAUCUUCAGUAAUGCUGAUCUUAAGCUUCAGGAUGAAUGGAAAGUAAACCUGUAUAAUACAUUGGAUUCAAGCAUAACUGAUAAAAGUGAGAUUUUUGUCCAUGGAGAUUUGAAGUGGGAUAUUUUCCAAGUCAUGAUAUCAAGAUCAACCACGCCAGACCUGAUAAAAAUAGGAAUGAAGCUCCAGGAAUUUUUCACACAACAGUUUGACACCAGCAAACGAGCUCUGUCUACCUGGGGACCAGUUCCGUAUCUUCCCCCAAAGACAAUGACUAACAACCUAGAGAAAAGUUCACAAGAACAAAUGCUUGAUGCAGCUCAUCAUCGACAUUGGCCUGGAGUAUUGAAGGUGGUAUCAGGAUGCCACAUAUCCUUAUUUCAGAUUCCAUUACCAGAAGAUGGAAUGCAAUUUGGAGGAUCAAUGAGCUUACAUGGAAAUCAUAUGACACUGGCAUGUUUUCAUGGUCCAAAUUUCCGUUCAAAAUCCUGGGCCCUUUUUCAUUUAGAAGAACCAAAUAUUGCUUUUUGGACUGAAGCUCAGAAAAUCUGGGAAGAUGGCUCUAGUGAACAUUCUACAUACGUUGUACAAACACUAGAUUUUCAUCUGGGUCAUAACACCAUGGUUACCAAACCAUGUGGUGCUUUGGAAAGUCCUAUGGCGACAAUAACCAAGAUAACAAGGCGCCGCCAUGAAAAUCCACCCCAUGGAGUAGCAAGUGUGAAAGAAUGGUUCAAUUAUGUUACAGCCACAAGGAAUGAAGAGCUAAACCUACUUCGUAAUGUUGAUGCUAAUAACACAGAGAAUAGCACUACUGUGAAGAAUUCCAGUUUACUGAGUGGAUUCAGAGGAGGUUCUAGCUACAACCAUGAAACAGAGACUAUCUUUGCGUUACCAAGGAUGCAGCUUGACUUUAAAUCCAUUCAUGUUCAAGAACCACAGGAACCUUCAUUACAGGAUGCCAACCUGAAGCCAAAAGUAGAAUGUAGUGUGGUGACCGAGUUCACUGACCACAUUUGUGUGACUAUGGAUGCUGAGCUCAUCAUGUUUCUUCAUGAUUUAGUGUCAGCUUAUCUUAAAGAAAAAGAAAAAGCCAUUUUUCCACCUCGGAUUUUAUCUACGCGACCAGGACAGAAAAGUCCAAUUAUUAUACAUGAUGACAAUUCCUCUGACAAAGACAGAGAAGAUAGCAUCACUUAUACUACUGUGGACUGGAGAGAUUUUAUGUGCAAUACAUGGCAUCUAGAACCCACUCUUAGAUUAAUUUCUUGGACUGGAAGAAAGAUUGAUCCAGUAGGCGUUGAUUAUAUUCUUCAAAAAUUGGGCUUUCAUCAUGCCAGGACUACUAUUCCUAAAUGGCUUCAGAGAGGAGUCAUGGACCCACUGGACAAGGUUCUGUCAGUUCUAAUCAAAAAGCUCGGUACUGCACUACAGGAUGAAAAGGAAAAGAAAGGAAAAGACAAAGAAGAACACUAAAAGAGUAACUUGAUCUGUGAACAAAUUAUGAUUGUGUCCAUUAAGUUUUAUUACACUGGAGGGUUUUUUUAGUAUAAUAAUUUUAAGUGUAACUUUAAAAUAAUUCUAAUUUUGUGGCCAUUGUAAGUUUUUAAGUUAACCUGUUUAUUCUCUCGUUCCACCAUCCUAUGUACAGUGAAGUACUGCAUGAUAAUGUAAAUUCUGUGAAAAACUAGAUUAAAAUAUAUAAAUCUGCUCUUUAGGGUUUAUAAUUAAUUGUAUUAUGUGCAAUAUGAAUCCUGCAUCUUUAAAGUAUUUGCAGAGUAACUGUGAAAUUUUUUGUUAUUGGCCAUAACUUUUAGAAAAAAUCUUGUUGAUAAUGUGAUUUUUGGAGGGUCAUUAAUUGCUUUUUUUUUAAUGUAGACUUGUAUAAAUACCUAUUUGUAUAUAAUUUGAGUAAUUGUGAUAUGAUUGUAUACCACUAAAAUAUUGUUUGUAAUUAUUGUAAUAAAGUCACAAUAAUGGUUU